CGCAAGUCACCUUUUACCAACAGAGAGGGGGGUAACGUUUGGAGGGUUAAAGAGAAAAAAAUCCCAGAGACAGGGUUAAAGUAUUAGAGUGGUGCUCCGAGGGCUGCGGGAAGCUGCGAAUUCACACUGUCACCGUAUCUGUAAGAGACUCAACGUGCUGCGCGGAAGUUUGUGUUUACUGGUGUCGUGGUAGCAGCUAGCUGACUGGCCCUGUUAGCUUGUUAGCGAGGAACCUGGACAUCAACAUUUACUACUAAACAAGCAGCUGGAGAGUGGAAAAAGCGGCUGGUUAUGCCCUAACAUUUCAAACAGACGGUUUGGCAGAUGUUGUGGUGAGUUGCUGGUUUGGUGAUCAAACUCUUUAUUAUCUUACUGCGGGACACCAGCUGUAAAUCUUUGUGUUAAACCCUAACCUCACUGAUUCAGAAAGAUAGAAACUCCGAUCUAACUCGUAGAUAUCAGCGCUGCACUAUCUAAACAUAUUGGAUAUUGCCGGUGCCGAUGACCUCUCGGGCUCGCAUCACUGGACCUGCAACCCGUCCUCCUCAUCGGACCUAGACUACCUAUCAGCGGCGAUGGCUCCCCUGUUCAGCUAGUAUACGACGCGUGGAAACAAUCUGCAGCCCCGGUAACCAUGGGAGGAUGUGUGGGGAGAUACUGGGAAGGCUGGGAGGACACACAGAGCCGAGGCUCCUCCAGGAACGGCGGACGAGGAGGACGUAACGAGCCCCUGAAGAAAGAUCGUCCCAAGUGGAAGAGCGACUACCCGAUGACGGAGGGCCAGCUACGGAGCAAGCGGGAUGAGUUCUGGGACACAGCGCCGGCCUUCGAGGGCCGCAAGGAGAUCUGGGACGCCCUGAAAGCAGCAGCCGUGGCCCUGGAGUGUAACGACCACGAACUGGCCCAGGCUAUAGUGGAUGGAGCCAGUAUCACACUGCCACACGGUACUCUGACAGAGUGUUAUGACGAACUCGGGAACCGCUACCAGCUGCCCGUCUACUGCCUGGCUCCACCCAUCAACCUCAUCUCAGAGCGCAGUGAUGAGGAUCCCAGCGACAGCCCCGAACCUCCUGUAGCACCCAAGAAGGAAUUCCAGCUCAAGGUACGUAUGUCCACAGGUAAGGACCUACGCCUCAGCGCCAGCAUGGCGGACACCAUAGGGCAGCUGAAGAAGCAGCUGCACGUCCAGGAGGACAUCGACGCCAACCACCAGCGCUGGUUCUUCUCCGGCAAGCUGCUCACAGACAAGACACGGCUGCAAGACACUAAGAUCCAGAAGGACUUUGUCAUUCAGGUCAUCGUCAACCCGCAGGCCCUCCGAGGCCCCAAGCUGUCACCCACCAACACCACCACCACCACCACCACCACCACCACCACUGAGUCCUCCCCUGCAUCUGAAUAACUGAGAGAAAAAACCCAGCACAGAUGGAGGAGAUGGUGGAGGGGGAUGGCAGACGCUGAAGGACCAGCGGCACCUCCUGAUGCUGGAUAACUCUUUGACACACCUGCUGUUACUGAAAUAGGUUAAAAAAAGAUCUGUGGAGUUAUAAAACUACAUGAGGGAGAAACUCAACAGUGCUGCUUUUAAACUACCAUGUGUCAUUGUAUUUUUUUUUUUGGUUUUGCUGGGUUGUUCUGAAAGCGAAUCCAGUCACCACACUAACUCUCGUCUUUUUGAACCACCUACAACAUGCCCACGUCAUGCUACUCAUGCAAAGACUCGGCCUCGGCUCUUUUUAUCUGCACGAAUGCUAACGAAGUGCCAACGUCGGAACUGCAGAGGUGUUUGUGUUGGUUCUAAAGCACAUCUCUACUUUGGACUAUGACGCCCAUGGACUCUGCACUGCAAUCCUUUUCUGCUCAUCGGAAACCGAAGGGGAAGGCAGUGAGCGGGAUAAUGAGCUUCUCUUUUUUUUCUUUUUUUCUCCAUCUUUCAUUGAGGAAUUAUUAAACUGAGCUUUUUUGCACAUUUGAA